UCAGAGAAGUGGGUUCCUCCUACUAUACGGGUCGGGAAAUCCACGGUGGUUCCCUUCACGCAUCACCCGAUUGCCUUUCACUUAUCUAGAUCACGACGAGCGGACGGUGGUCUUCGUCGACUCCUAUGAAUUUAUAAUCAAAAGAAGAUGGAUAUGUUGGCUCUUCGUCUGAGUUUCUAUCUCGCCGUGUGCAUGUUGGAAGUGGUUCAUGGGAGCGACACUUGUAUGCCUAAAGGUGGAUGUCCUAUUAUGAUCACUCCCUCCCGAAUAGUUGUGCAGUACGGAUCUCGAUUUCAUGCCGACUGUUCGAGUUGUGUAAACGGCUCUUGUAAAGAGACGAAAUGGGAGACCCCCACGGGAUCAAAAGAAACGCUUAAUAACUCGAAUAACGGAAUCAACAAGACGAGGUGGAAUGUGGACCACGCCACAGAAUGGGACAUUAAGCCCAUGUGCUACGAGGACACCAAUGCAGACUGUUGCACUGUUCUAGCUUUCACCUUAUACAAACCUCCGGACAACGUAUCCAUCAGCUUUGUAAACCACACUGGCCCACUGCUUGAAGGACAUCAGUACAACCUCCAGUGCCGUGUCCAGAACGUUCGUCCUAUCCAGAACCUCGCCGUGACCUUCUACAAAGGAGACACCAUUCUGGACUCGGUACAGUCCAGGAGCUCUGAGAAUACAACGGUGACAGAGACGUUCACCAGCUUCAGCUUCAACUCCAGCAGAGGGGACGAUGGGGUCCAGUACUGGUGUGAAGCCAAGCUGAACCUGGGACAACAAGGUCCACCUCCUGUAACGAUGUCAGAACGCCUAACAACCACUGUGUACUUCAAACCUAAGACGGUGCAGGGGUCUACGCUAGAUCCUAUUUCCAUCACAGUAGGGGAACCUUUCCAGUUGAACUGCACAGCCCAUUCCAACCCCAGACCAGCCUACAGUUGGACCGGUCCUGACAACACCACAGUCGGCAACGGCAGUGAUUUCUCCGUGCAGUCGGCUGGUUUUGAACACAAGGGCCUGUACAUUUGUGCCGCCCGCAACAGCCAGGGAAGCGCAACUGUGAAGUUCAACGUGGAUGUCGGCGUUGACUGGGUGCCUAUCAUCGCAGGCGUGUCAGCGCUGUUGUUGGUCAUCUGCGCGGUCGUUGGUGUGUUUGUCUACUACACCUACCACAAAAAGACCAAGAUGGGACAGUACCAAGUCCGGCUUUUGGACGUGGCCAAAACUGUACACGUAACUGAGCAGAACCGAAGCAAGGAUAAGCAGGGGCACGGCCCCCAUGGAAGUGCUGAAGAGGGGGUCGACGAGAAGGAGGGAAUGAGGAAGAGGAAGGAGGCAACGAGGGGAAGGGCGGAGCUGGAAAAGGCCCGGCAGGGACGUGUAGAAACUGAGGAAGGGUCGAGUUCAGCAAGCAGCGCUUGCCUCAACUACGAGCAUGCAGGUGGAUGUCCUAUUAUGAUCACUCCCUCCCGAAUAGUUGUGCAGUACGGAUCUCCAUUUCAUGCCGACUGUUCGAGUUGUGUAAACGGCUCUUGUAAAGAGACGAAAUGGGAGACCCCCACGGGAUCAAAAGAAACGCUUAAUAACUCGAAUAACGGAAUCAACAAGACGAGGUGGAAUGUGGACCACGCCACAGAAUGGGACAUUAAGCCCAUGUGCUACGAGGACACCAAUGCAGACUGUUGCACUGUUCUAGCUUUCACCUUAUACAAACCUCCGGACAACGUAUCCAUCAGCUUUGUAAACCACACUGGCCCACUGCUUGAAGGACAUCAGUACAACCUCCAGUGCCGUGUCCAGAACGUUCGUCCUAUCCAGAACCUCGCCGUGACCUUCUACAAAGGAGACACCAUUCUGGACUCGGUACAGUCCAGGAGCUCUGAGAAUACAACGGUGACAGAGACGUUCACCAGCUUCAGCUUCAACUCCAGCAGAGGGGACGAUGGGGUCCAGUACUGGUGUGAAGCCAAGCUGAACCUGGGACAACAAGGUCCACCUCCUGUAACGAUGUCAGAACGCCUAACAACCACUGUGUACUUCAAACCUAAGACGGGGCAGGGGUCUACGCUAGAUCCUAUUUCCAUCACAGUAGGGGAACCUUUCCAGUUGAACUGCACAGCCCAUUCCAACCCCAGACCAGCCUACAGUUGGACCGGUCCUGACAACACCACAGUCGGCAACGGCAGUGAUUUCUCCGUGCAGUCGGCUGGUUUUGAACACAAGGGCCUGUACGUUUGUGCCGCCCGCAACAGCCAGGGAAGCGCAACUGUGAAGUUCAACGUGGAUGUCGGCGUUGACUGGUUGCCUAUCAUCGCAGGCGUGUCAGCGCUGUUGUUGGUCAUCUGCGCGGUCGUUGGUGUGUUUGUCUACUACACCUACUACAAAAAGACCAAGAUGGGACAGUACCAAGUCCGGCUUUUGGGUGUGGCCAAAUAACUGCCAACUGCCAUUCCUGGAAUGAUAUGAAGAAUGUACUUGAUCCAACUUGAACCUCUCAUCUGGGUUGGUAUAUCAUACUCAUUGCUGUCUUCCUUUGUGGUCUGGUAUCCAUGACCAUUCAAAGGUUAUUGUAAUUAAUAGAGGUGGGAAAAAUAAUAAAUUCUUCGAUGCAUCGCGAUUCUCUCUAGAACGAUUCCGUCUCGAUGCAGAUAAAUUAAUAAUCAGAAUAAAUAAAAUAAAUAAUAAUAAUAAUUUGUUCGCCUACUGCAACAUUUUGUUCGCUAGAGAGGGAUAAUUUUAGUAAUUUUAAAAUCAUUUAAUUUAUCUUCAGUGUGUAUUGGCCAAUCUGAUUUGUCUUGAGACACAAUAGCGAUUCAGCCUACCCAUAGCAUACAUGCAAACUCACAGCAAGACACAAGAACUCCUACUAAUUCAAGAGCAGCUUUUUCUUUAAUGACAUAGAAAAGAAAGAAAAGAAAACUGAAACCUAUUUUUUUACAUACUCCCAUAUUGUGUUGUAAUGACAGCUGCAUUGGUUAUUGCAUUGUUCAUAGGAAGUCAUAUUUGUGACGAAAGCUUUUUCUCUAAUAAAAUAUUACAUAUCUGUUGAUGUCUUUAAUGAUCAUCACAAAAGUAGGAAGUGAUUAGCCAACUCUGAGUAGUAAAUUGAGAUGUAUAUAUAUAUUUUAAAAUCCUGCAUGGAAUGUACAUAAAAGAUUUUGUUGCAUCGAGAUGCAUCGAUAAUCGUUUUAGAAUCUAAUCGUUGACCUCAUAAUCGGAAUCGAAUCGUGAGGUGCCAAGAGAUUCCCACCCCUAGUAAUUAACAAUAAUUUUGUACACGCCGGACUUUCUUGACACUAUUUUUAUAUGAUAAUUAGGGGAGAUUUAUUUAUAAGAAAUCGCCUUCCUGCUGCACGAUUGAAUCAACUUUUAUUAAAAACUUUUCUGCUUUAACAA